AUGAGACGAUAUCGAGCUAUACCACUAUUACCGAUACUAUGCCGUCCUUCUACUACAAUCCAUGGCCUCCAUCAACUACCAUACCACAGAAGCUUAACAACGAUAGCCAACAAAUCCCAACGACGACGAUCUCCCUUCUUCCAGUUAUUCACCACUAGAACAAAAACCGGAAUACUAUUAGCUGGAGGUCUACUAGCUGCCGUGAGUCUCGCCAUACCGACCACAUCACCAUUGCCGCUCUCAUCAACAGCUUCAUCACCCACAAUCGAACGUGAUAUUUUAUCAUCAUCUCGGCCAUAUAGCACUAAAUCAAUCACAGAAAUAUUGAACUCCCUACUCGUAUUCAAGCUAUGCCAAAUGCACACGCUGGUCUCGUGGACACCAACACUACUCAAAUGGAGUCAUGCACUGCACAUAGAUCCACUCGUGCAUGGAUUCAUAAGGAAUACAUUCUUCAAGCACUUUUGUGGAGGUGAAGAAAUGGGGGAGGUGAACUCUACAAUGGCCAAGUUUGCUUCGUUAGGGAUUGGAUCUAUCUUGGACUAUGCGAUCGAAGCUGAUUCUGAUGCGCCACAACCAACUGCUGAUGAAGCCCGAGCAUAUGCUAGUAGAUGUGCAAAGAUACUGAAGGAGUGUAUUGAUGUAGCUGCUUCUAUACCCGGGUCUCUAAUCGCCGUUAAAGUCACUGCCCUAGUACCUCCUCAAACACUCAUGGACUGGUCUACGGCUCUGAAUUCCGUACACGCAGCUAUACAAUCUACCAAAGAUACCAUCACCCGAGACGAUAUCCUCACGGGCGUACAAUCAGUUGGCGCUACUCGUGACGAAGCAAUCAAGAUAUACAAUUCACUCAACAAUCAACAUGCAGUCGACAAUGUCUCGCUAUCGCAAGUCUUUUCUGUCUGGCAUCCAGAAGGACGGAAACUGUUGAGUAGAAUAGCUAAAUCAGAUCUAGAGAUGUUUGAUGAUAUAUUGAUGGAUUUAAAGGGUGUAUGUCUGUAUGCUCGAGAACGGAAUGUGAGAGUGUUGAUUGAUGCGGAGCAGACGUACUUCCAGCCUGCUAUUGAUGAUGUGGCGAAUGGACUUGCUGAACGUAUAAAUCCACCUGCUGAUGCUAAUCGUGGACCAGUUGUCUUUAAUACAUACCAACUAUACCUAAAAGACGCCCUCCCCCGCCUAAAACGCGACGUCGAGCGCUCCAUGCGCUCCAACUACUCCUUUGCCAUCAAAAUGGUGCGCGGCGCAUACAUGAACUCUGAACGUCGUCGCGCCCACGAAAACUCUUACCCAGAUCCCAUAAACCCAUCCGCAGACGCAACACACACACAAUACGAUACCGCAUUAUCAUACCUCAUAUCCCAUAUAUCUCGUCACCCAACAUCGGUGUCCCUUGUCGUCGCAUCGCACAAUCGAGACUCAAUCCGCCAUGCGAUAUCACUUAUGGAUGAGUAUGGAGUUGAUAGGAGGAGUGGGGGAGUUUGUUUUGCACAGCUGAUGGGGAUGCAGGAUGGGGUGUCGAGUGGGCUGGCUGUGGGUGGGUUUGCGAGUUUCAAGUAUAUUCCCUGGGGCAAGAGUAUAGAUGCAAUUCCGUAUCUGUUGAGACGGGCACAAGAGAAUAGUGCGUUGCUGGGAGGUGUUGCUGAGGAUGUAAGGAAUUUGGAGGAGGAGUUGUGGAGGAGGGUGAGCGAGGUGGCUCUAGAAGCAAGAGGGAGGGUUGCUGAGGCUGCUCUUGUUGAUGGUAUAUAG